AUGCCGGUGAAACGCAAACAGGCGAAGAGAACGACGAAACGCGUGGCGGGCUUCCCUGUGGUGUCACCGAGUGCCGAGGGUUUGGCCGAAGAGCCCUUCGCAAAGCUCAAGGAUGCACUGGGCGCAGAGGUGGGUGCUGGGGCGCUUGCAGGCGCGGCCCAUCUGGUGCUGCGAAGGGGGCGGUGCGUGCUGGCACACUCGGACGGCUUUGCCAACGUGCGCGCGAAGCGGCCCUUUGGACUCCGCACGCUCUGCCGCCUGCAUGGCUGCACAAAGCCGCUGGUGGCUGCAGCCUUCCUUACUCUCGUUGACAAGGGCAAGGUGAAGUUGGCAGAUCCGAUCGGCAAGUACAUCAGCUUCUCGGGGGAGGUAAGCGGGAAGGGGCGUGGAAAGAGACAGAGAUUGAAGGCUCGUAAGGUGAAAGUUCAACCGACGCUUCGGCAUCUUCUCACGAUGACGGCUGGGCUUCAGUACCAGGACUGUGCAGCUUACGCCAAAACCAUGCGUCGCAUCAAACAGAGGCAGGUCAAGAACCUCGCUUCGAUGUGCCAAGAGCUUGCAACCCAGCCAUUGCAAAGCGAGCCAGGAUCUCGCUACACCUACAGCUUCUGCACUGACAUGAUCGGCAGAGUCUGUGAAGCCGUCAGCGGCAAGCGUCUGGACAAGUUCGUGAACGCAGCCCUUCUUUCACCUCUGGGGAUGCGAGACACCUUCUUCGAAGUGCCAGCGACGAAGAGGAAACGAGAAGCAGUCCUGUACGACUGCCAGCGAAGCGGCGGUGGAAAGUAUGUGCCGAAGGUCUGGAGCCAGCCCGGCAAGGCCGUCCCGAUCAUGAGCGCCGGUGGAGGGAUCUUGAGUUACAACGAUCCGGGGAUGUGGAGCACCGUGGAGGAUUACGCCAAGUUCUGCCAGAUGCUUCUCACUGGGAAAACCCCCACAGGGGCACAGAUCCUGCGGCCUAGCACCAUGAAGGCACUCUGGUCCGACAGCCUGGCGGUUUACGGGCAGAAGGAUGGCCGUCUGCCUGGAUGGCACGAUGCUGAUGGCAAGGCCAAAGGUGGUAUGUGGGACUAUACCGGCUGGUCGCUGUUGAAGCUUGUCGCAAGAGUCGGCCGAGCUUCUGCCCUGACUUUGAAGUGUAAGCUCGGUUCAAAGCUGAGGAGCAAGAGAGCCCGGGUGGGACAGACCAUGUGGAUGGGAGGCGGUGGCGGUACUUUCUGGGUGGUGGACAAGGGCAACGAGACUUGCGCAAUCUCCUUCUCGCAAAGCUUCGGCGGGCGUGCGCAGACUGAUGCAGCCAAGGACGUUGCCUUGAUCGCACACGGAGCAGUGGGGAGCGUGGAUUGCCAUGUCCGUGCCUCCGAGGACGCGGCAGUCUUUUUGGUAGUGAAGGCCUUGCAGCGCGCCCGAUGGCGAGUGCUCUUCAAUGUCUUCGCAUCUGACAAGCUGGAGGAGCUCUCGCGCGCUGACUGUGAGCAGUCAGCAAACAGCGAUGGCUUUCGCUGCUCUUUGCCUUUGCUGUCCGAACGGCUAGCAAUGCAGGCUCUGGCUCCACCCUCCGACAACCUCUACAUUGCCGACCUUCCGCCGGGCUUCACUGCGGAAAGCCUCCAAGCCAUCUUCCAGGAGUACGGGAACAUCUCCCAGUUCAAGCUCCUGCAGAACUCCGGGCCGGGCGGAAAGACCGCGGCUCUGGUGAGAUUUCAGUCCGUCGAGGAGGCGACCUGGUUGGUGGAGAACUUGAAUCACAACAUUCCGCAAGGGCUGAGCUCUCCAGUUAUCGUGAAGUAUGCCGACACGCCAGAGAUGAAAGCGGCCAAGCAGGGAGGCUUUGCGAUGGCCACGUCUUACGGAAGCAUGAAAGGUAUGGGAAAGGCCGAAGGAAAUGGAAAAGGUGCCGCUCGGGUGUCGCCCUAUCCGUCCUAUGGCAAAGGCCAGUCAUGGAAUUCCUGGGAGCCGGCCCCGAUGAAAGGAUUCAAAGGCGGAAUGGAGAAGGGCAAGGGAAAAGGAAAGUGCAACAUCAAGACCCUGCACAAUGGGCUGCUGGAGGCACAGGCGUUGCCUGGCUGCGGCGAGAUUGACAAUGAUCGCAAUGCGCUGUAUAUCAGCGGGCUCCCGAACGACACCGAGGACAUCGACCUGUAUCGAAUCUUCGCACCCUUUGGUGCCAUCGCUCCAAGGGGCGUGCGAGCAAUGCGGCAUCCGGAUGGCUCAUGCCAAGGUUUUGGGUUCGUCAAUUAUUUGGAGUCCGGCUCUGUGCAGCUGGCUGCAGCCACGCUUCACGGGACGCAGAUGCCUGGCGGAGCAGAGCUUAUCGUCAAGCCGAAGGAGCCAGGGAAAAAGAAGCAAGCGCAGAACGGACUGGAAGGAAGUCCGAUGGCUGCGCAAGGAUGA